ACCAAAAUUUAAUUAUUAUCGAGGUAUAUAUUUGCAGGGUUUUCGUGGCUAUGAAUCUAAUUAGUCCGAUUUGGUUAUUCGCUUAGAUCACUUGCAGUCUGUUACCAAGUAUCAUUUAUAGCUCGUUAUUUAUGUUCAUGACACGUCCCAAAUAAAAUAAAAGCUAUUUCUGUUAACAUAGCACAAACAUUAGAUCCACUAGGAACAGAUUAUGGAUCCACUAGGAACAGAUUAUGGUUACGCAUAACAGAAUUAUUGUUACAGGCUGCUUAUUAACAUCUGUUAGGACUGUAGCUUACAGUGAAAUGGCAACGCCCGGAUGGGGAGGCUGGCAACGCUGGGAUUGGGAGGGUCGUCUUGAGGGUCUGAUUUCGGGUCGGGAGGGUUGGGAGCGUUUCCUACGCUUUUCUGAGGGUCUCCCAGGGUCGUGGAGGGUGUGGGGGAGCGAGGCGCAACUUUUGGGGGGUCUCACGUUGGGGGCCGAGUUCGGAAAACUGAGAAAUUGGGGAAAAACCGGUAAAGUUCAGUUUGACGGUCUGGCAGCACUGUAUUUUGCACAUGGGUAACACACGCGACGGGAAAACUGGUGUAUUCGAUCACUUUCCACGGAAAACUGAUCGCGCCUGCCCCCCACCCUCGGCUCCCGUCGACGUCACUUUUUUCUCGCGGAAAAUGCGGCGGAACGGAGAAUUUCGCGACACACAGAUUUCAGGUCCAGGCAGUGUGACCACCUUUGGGUUUAACGCAAAUAUAGGCGCUUUCUGGCCACUUUCGCAUGGCGUUACGGGACAUUCUCCGUUUUCUCCAAGGCUAAAAUUCUUUGCAAUGCCGCACCUGCGCGCCCAGGUGGAAAAGCACCUCCCACAGGUGGAUGAUCCGCUCCGGCCAAGCGGGAUCCUUAGAAACUUGGACGGCGUAAAGCGUUUAAAGGAUCACGGCAGGUGUUUCUACCUGAUGGUAGACGUCAUUCACCUGACUGGGCCGACGCCGGGACACACGCUAAUAAUGAUGGGAACCUCAGAUGACGGGUCCGUGAAACAGGUUGUUUACACCGAAGUGAAGAAAAGUACAUUUACGGCCACGCAAAUCAUGGCGGCGUUUGAGCAGGUGCGGGAGGCCAUCGCAUUAGUGGAGUUUGAAAAGCAUUUGAUAGCAAUAAUAGUGGACGAAUGCCCCAACAACGCCUUGCUUCAUGUCCACAGUGGCUAUCCGGUGAUGGCAGACCUAAACCACCUGGCCAAAAUAGUCGCCGCGGACAUGAAGCAUGUGCUGCAACUCCUGCCAAAUAUCCACACGCGGAUGGUUUUUCGGGAGCACAACGCUCAGCAGAAGCUGGAGCUGGCCUGGAGCGGGACGAGCCACUUUCCUGGCAGUGCCAAGAGGCGCGUGCGCGGCGAGAUCCGCGUGCUACGGGACGUUGUGAGCCGCCGGUUUGCCAUUUGCUCGACGCCGUUCAACUUGAGGGAGGCAAACAACGGAGUCCUGGAGACCACCGGCCAGAAGUGGGCCUCUUUGACGGCCGAGUUAAUGGUCGAGGCCUUUACGCUUGAGCCAAAUCUCAGCGAGCUAGAGGCGCAGACGCUUCUGAGGAGGAUCAUCUGCCUUCUCAGCCUGCUGGAGGACUUGGAUUUCGACUCCACGGGGUAA